GCCUUACGCUCGUUUCCGUUUGGAAGGCUCACCUCGACGUUUGAGUUUUGAUGAGCUUACACAUGCUAUGGGGGUUGAUGAGAACUCAGGGGCUAUUCUAGAAGUAGAUUCCAUCCAAAGCUUUAACUCCCGAGCGGCUUUCCCGAAGUUCUGUCUCCCAGAGAACCGGCGAACCCGGUUUGAUCCUGCACAUACAAGGCGACCACCCUCAAGCCCCAAUGGCGUAUUAUCAAGUCGGCAAACAAGAUCACUAAGAGAGCUCUUUUCACUUUCACUUCCAUGGCAGACUCAAGUCAGUACCUCCACCUUGGGUCCGUCUUGGCCACUUCCUUUGCCAAAUCCACGAGUAACCGGCGGAACAAUACCAUGCAUCUGGGACCCUACAUCACUAGGAUUCCUCGGCAUUUCGUUGUCCAUCUCGAGUGCGGCACGAAAAAAGGGCGUACUUCGAGGUUCAAGGAGGAGGCUUUGGAUUCCAUGAAUUUGCUCCAAGUCUUUGGACCCUAUCGAUACAUUGAUGAUCUCUUCAUUCCACCAGAGCUGCCUCCUUCACUAGCUACCCAGCCAUGCCAGCGCCGCUGUCGACAUCCUAAACCACCACCACCAUCAUCGACUAGAGUCGGUCCGUCAUCCUCCAUAGUCCACCUCUAGGAUCGAGUUGCUCGCCUCGAGGAGCAGUACACAUGGGUUUCUACCUAAGUGGCUCAUUCCAACUCCUUGCUGGAGCGGAUGGCCCUACGUCAGGGCAUCGAGAUCGAGGAAGACGAGGACUCAUCUACAUCCCGAGAGAGGUAGUCGACGAGUGAGACAUAUGACAGAGCCAGUUUCUUUCACCCCACUUUUUCACUUGGAACUCUAAACUUUGUUAUUUUAAUUUCUUUUUAUUUUGUGUGAACAAGUACUAUUGUGAGUUUUCUUUUUUUAAUUGUGAUGUAAUGUUGUUAUGAGUAAUAACCUCGCAUUGUGCAA